GAGCCCGCGCUUACAGUAAGUGUAGUGAGAGUUGCAGCCAGCCAUCUCUCGAGUACACUUUCUUAUAUUAUUCUAUACGCUAUAUUGUACUACCACUACUACAAUUUAUACUCGUCUUGUAUUCGAUGUUUACGCGCACACUAAAUCUGCAAACCCUUAGUGUGAGGAUCUGCGAUACAACGUCGUACAGUGCUUGUUUCCGAUCAGCCACAUUCGGUCGCAGCAGUCGUGCAGUGCACUCUUGGGCGUCAACAACUACAACAACAACAUACACAAACAAAAACCCUAACUUACAGAUUUUUUUUUAAACACACAUCGUUAAUACGAUAAAAAUUAUAUUUCAUUUAUUUUAUAUGGCCAAUAUCUGACCAAAAUUGCCGAGUUUCGACAUUUUGCGUUUAUAUCCUUUAUUGUGUUCACUGAAUCCCGGUGAAUGGCAUCGGCGACGACAAAGAAGAAUCAACGGUAUCUGUCGAGACAGGAUUUUUCAGGAUGAUCUUUACGGCUGUAAAAUCGUACAAAAUCGUACAAUGUCAUCGUGAAAUGACAUCCGGUUCGUUGCGUGGCUACAAAGGUGACGGUAACGUCGAUAUGAUAAUGACGAAGAAAAAAAUCAGUGGUGGUCACCAUCACAACUAUUCGCCAACGCUACUGUGGGUUACUGCAGCAGUGGCGGCAAUACUGUUGGUGAGUUGCAGCUGCCCAGCAAACGCUGAACCCGUAGCUCCUGCCCAAGUGGCCGCCACUGUAGCCACGGCCACUGGGACCGGCGAACGUCCGGCGCUAUCGGUUGAAAAUUCUGCCGACGCCGUAGAUCCAUCAUCUGUAGCGGGGGCUCUUUCACAGCCGCAACAGACCGUCAGCGAAUCAAAGGAACCGCGAUCAUCUUCUACCACCCAGGCGGCGGUGACGGAAAAUGUCGAUCACCAAAACAAGUUGCAGCCGAUCAAUGAUAAUAAUGAUCAACAGGACGAAAAACAUAGGCAACAGCAACAACAAAUGCUGUUGGCCCCGUUGCUGAUGCCCCCCACACAAAUGUCCGCCGUGUGGUCUUCCCAGUCGUCGUCACAGCAGCCCAUGACCAUCGACGUGAUACCCGCGUUGUCAUCUUUUGUUGGACGAGAACGUACCGAGUUAGAAAUCGUGCCCGUGCCCAGCGCGUCGGAGCAACACCUCGUCAAUUCGCCCUUAAUUCAGCCUCAACCGGAAUACAGUUAUAUAUCCGAAGGAAAUCUAACACCAGAAUCAGAGCUACAACAACCCGAACCGGAGCUACGACAACCUGAACAGGAGCUACGGCAACCGGAAUCAAAUGAGCAGCAACCACCCGAACCCAGCUCGGAACAGCUACAGCAACCAUCAUCAAUCCAACAGGUACAACAUCAAUUACAGACCGUUGCCACAGCCCCCGCUCCCUCUGAUCAACAACUGCAACUUCCGUACUUGUACAACAAUAAUAACAAUAAUGUCUUCGCCAUUAAAAACAACGACGACGACGAUCAGCUGCAGCAGCAAUAUUCGUAUCACUACUACUAUCAACAAAACCUUGCACAACAGCAACAACAACAACAACAACAGCAACAAAUGCAACAUCAACAGCAACAACAACAGCAUCAUCAACAACAACAACAACAACAACAGCAGCAGCAGCAACAACAACAAUUACAACUGCAGCAACUUAACAGCAACAUGGCGGCUGUGUAUUCACCGCUGCCCAUGCAAUACGGCGGUGGUCAGUUUUACUAUCACAACAAUUUCGGUGGUGUCGGCAAGUAUCCGCCACAACAACAGCCGAACUUCUAUUAUCGCGCCAGGGAUGGCAGACCACCUGCGCGACGCAACAGCAGAACGCAACCGCAGUCCGCGUACGACAACAACAACAACAACAAUGGCGGUGGUGGUAAUUUCUACGCUCACCACCAACUUCCGCAUCAGCAACAGCAACAAAAACAACAGUCACUGGAUUACGGCGGCAGCGGCGGCGAAAGUGACAACGUGAUCGGGAUCAAAUACGACCAAGAUCAGACGGCCGGCGCCGCGGGCAAGCAGCACCAACCGGUACCGCCGUUCCGGCCCAGCCAUCCGGUGUGGGCGUCCCAAUAUCCGGUGCCGUGGACGUACUACGUCAAGUCGUCUAUGGUACAACCGGGACGGCCGGCGCCGUCUUACGGCGCGCCGCACAACAACUACUACGGCGGCGGCCGGAAAUCGCGGUACGUACUACAGCAGUCGGCCGGCGCUGUGGCCAACAGAGUUGGCGGCGGGUAUUCGCCAGCCAAGCCGCCGCGCACCAAGGUCGUUUACAUCGAGUACGGUGGUUUCAAGCCGAAAAUGGUGCCGUCCGUGCAGAUCUCGGCCGCCGAGGACUACGACGGUAACCGCCGUCAGCUGACGGUCCUCGAUGGCGGAGUCGCGAGCGACAUCACCGCGCAAGACGUCGGUCAACGCGACAACCCUGUGGCCGCAUCCACACCGGCCGCCGCGGACGCCACCACCGCCUCCGCGACCGCUACGAUGACAACGACGACGACCACAGCGGCGGCGGCGGCGACGGCUGCGACGAUGACGACGACAACCACGGGAACGAUUCCGAGCACGGCUACGGCUGCAUCGACACCGCGACAACAAUCGCAACAACCACCUGUGCCGGAACGACAACCGCCCGCAGCCGCCGGUGUCGUCGUGGUAGUCGUCUAGACCCGUCCCCAACCACAUGAUUUUAAUUUAUGUGCUUUUUCAGUUUUUGUACAUAAAUCGAUUGAGAUGCAGCUCUGUAGAUGCCAGCCAUCGCUGCAGCCAUGUUUAAUUUAUAUAAUUUAUAGACGUCGCGACGUGUCGUGGUAGAAACGCAUUUUUCGCCGAUUAGCUUAUAAUAUAUUAUUAUUUAUUAGUAUAGUAUUAUUACAUUGUGUAUUGUUUUUAAAUAAUAUGUUUUAGUUAUUAUUCAAAUCAAGUGACACAUAUCGAAGGUAUCCAUAUAAAAAACGAUUUUGAUACGACUUAAAUACUCACAAUAAUAAUUAUACUUUUGUAUUUAU